UCUAAGCUGUCCGUCUUCCUCAUGAUUGUGUUUUCCGGUCUAGCGAUUGGCUCUGAUGGUUUCAACGCUUCCAUAAUCGGUAACCUGGAACUUAUCAUGGAGGUAAUCUAUCCAGAAUCUCUCACGACCGCUGUGUCGUCUCGUCUGUCAAAUGCUUUCAUGGUGGGCAUGAUUAUCGGCAUGCUAUCCUUUGGUUAUGUGGCCGACAGGCUUGGCCGCAAGACAGGUGCUAUCCUCACCACCACCAUUCUAGUUGUGGGAAUCGCGCUCAGUGCCGGCGCAAGUGGGGUAACGCAGAAUGGGAUGUUCUGGAUGUUGAUUGUCGCGAGAGGAAUGGCAGGCGUAGGUGCUGGUGGGGAGUACCCUGUUGCAGGCGCAGGUGCUGUAGAAGCAACGGAUGAAGAGACUACUGUACGUAGUAAUAGAGGUUUUAUAUUCGCAAUGAUUGCUGACCUCUCCGCCUCCCUCGGAUUCGUCUUCGGAGCACUUGUUCCGUUGUUGCUUCUUCUCUGUAUCCAUCAGCAGGAAAGACGUUACAACGUUGUUUGGCGGGUUGCUCUCGCUCUAGGGGCUAUUCCACCCCUAUCAAUUUUCUGGUUUCGAUACCGCAUGGCUAUUAGCUCCGCUUACCGUAAGAGUUCGAUGAAGAAGCACCGAGUGCCAUACUGGUUAGCAUUGAAAAAAUAUUGGCGACCAUUGAUCGGGGUUUGUAGUUCAUGGUUCAUUUACAACUACAUUGCUUAUCCCUUUGGCCUCUUCUCUUCCACCAUUGUCAACCGAGUGAAUCCAACCUCAUCUCUCGUUGUAACGAUGGGCUGGGGAACUCUGAUCAACUGCUUCUACAUUCCUGGCGCAUUCAUCGGUGGCUUCCUUUCGGACAGGAUCGGGAGACGCCGCACAAUGGCCCUAGGGUUCUUUCUCCAGGCUGUCUUGGGUUUUAUUCUCGGAGGUGCCUUAGGACCCAUAGAGAACCACCUCCCUCUCUUCAUUGUACUGUACGGUAUCUUCUUGACUCUUGGCGAGGUUGGCCCCGGCUCGACGAUUGUACUUACUGCCAGCGAAAAUUUCCCGACGGCGAUCCGCGGUCAUUGUGUCGGGUUUGCAGCUGCCUGGAGCAAAGCCGGUGCAGCUAUUGGUACGCAGGUGUUCAAACCAAUCCUUGCCAGUUGGGGAGCUGAUGAGUUCCGUGGUACCCAGGCGGUGUUUCUGAUUGGAUCUGGGUUUGCGCUACUGGGAGCGUUGUUGGCCUGGUUCGUGCUUGUUGAUUCCGAUCAGGAACUGGAUCGGGGAGAUCAAGAAUGGAAGGACUAUUUGGCAGCAAAUGGUUAUAGUCAUGUCCAAUGGGGUACAGGUAUUACGGAUGGGACAGACUCUGUACCAGACUCAAAGGCUGCGGUGUAGCGAAUAGUUGGUAGCAUUCCUAUCACAAGUUUACCUGGUACCUGUGCUGGUUUGCUCGUAGAUUACCUUGGAGCCUUACACAUGGUUCCAGGCCUACUAAGGGCUCACCGAGCCCCCUUAAUCCUCCAUCCCACUCAGGCCUUGCUCAGUGAUCGCUCGGUGAGCACUCUGUGAGUUAGGCCGAGCAUAAAGCGGCAACAUGCUGUG